AUGGUGCUUUCAGCAGAUGUGAGGCUUGAAGGUCGAAUGCACAUGCAUGUGCUGCUUCAGGCCGGACUCGACACGAAAUGCCUUGUAACAGAUAGAACAGAUGAAAGGACUCGAGCGAUGAGUCGCGUCGCGAUUCGCCACCGGAGCAGAGCUGCGAAGAAAUUCUGGCACCUCUUCUCUGGAGGAAUGGAGUCGAGAGGUGUCGCUUCUCUCGACCGAUACUGA